AGAAUUUCCUGGUCAUCGGAUUCACUCUAUUAGCACUACCUUCGUCGAGCACAAGUCCAAAGCUAAUAGCAGCAUUUCCAACCCUUGAUGGAUUAUUACCCUGGGCAGAAACAUCGGUUGCGAUAGAGCAUUUUUCUAUGGAAUUAAGUACCCAGUACACCUGUGGGCGCCAGCAACGGAGUAACCUUACUCAAUUGUCAUCCUUUACAACAAUUCUCGCGGAGGCUUUGUUGCUACCAGAAGUGGGAACUAGGAAGAGCAAGCAAAUAAUAGCGACAUUGGAUGUGGUUGUUGAGGAGGUUUUACCAGCUAUGCCUGCUUCAAAAGUGGCUGCAGAACAGCAUCGUAUCGGACCUUGUUUUUCACAGACAUAUCACGGGCACACAACACGCGGGACGAUUGUUUAUGGUCGUGAGCACCUUUAUGAAUCCCCUGUGGCGUUCACAGUUCCCCUGAAACUGCUACAGUUGUUUGCAGAGGACGAAAGGAGAGUCCUUGAUGAACUGGAGAAGGAACCAAGCGUGACAUUAGCUGAUAUGAUUCAGGCUGUACCUCUGGACCAUCGUCCCAAUCCAAUCACGCGAGGAGCAAGUUUCAUGGACUCAUUGCGUAGAGGCGCCGCGCGUACAAACCCUGUCAUAAGAGAACAGGCAUUGAAAUCGACAAGGGCUCGGCAAACUGGACUGACUGAGGAAGAUUCACAAUUUCAAAAACUACUGAGACAGCAGAUUAGCACUCAUCGAAAUAUCGAAGCUUAUUACCAAAACAUGGCUUCAAAGGUGGAACAAAAACUAAAAGAAAAUAUAGAGUCUGGUCAAGGGGCUUUCCGCAGGAGUCCUGAGAAGAAAGAGGAAGCUGUUCAAUGGAUCCCGCUGAAUUGUUGUGUUCAAGAAUUCCUUGUUUAUGACGACGGAUACCAAACAAAUUACCAGUCAACAACAGUGGGAGCGGCGGCAGCCCAUGGUGCUGGAUUUACUCGGUGGGCUAAUACGCAAACACUCGGUAAUCCACCAUCACUUGGCGCCUAUUGGAGCAAACAGGAACGCGGAAAUGAUUUAAUGCGUGACUUCAAGGCUCUAAGAGAUGUUCUUGAUAGUUGCUUAUCCGAGUUCACCUCUAUAAUGGUGACUUCCGAGGAUAUUGAUAAUGCGCGGCUGCUAGUGCUGGUGCGAGAGGCGCAGUUUCUCGUGGAUGAAAUGACUUCUUUUGGUGAAUUCCUCCUUAUAGAGUACUUGACGCCUCAGUCCACAGAAGUUAGCGCUCGCUUUGUGUGUGAGGAAAUCAGAAGCAUCAUCGAAAGAUUGAAGCAAGUUAACCUUGCUACGGAUGAGGUGCAAAAUCAAAUUCAAGAUCCGUUGCAAAAAAUAUCUCCUGAUUGGCUAUCGUGCUCAAAGCGCUCAAUUAGAGAAAUUGUGAGCUGCGCGCAAGAUCUGCACAGUUUUAUCGUCAUUGCAAUCCAGUACGAGUGCCUUAUCGCAGAUGCAACUUUAGUAGCUACACCGGAAUGGAUGAUGGUGAAGAGAACUCGCGAAUGCUGCCUUUCGCAAAUUAUUACGACGCUGACUACCUCAUUUCUGGCCCUCCUGGAGGAUUGGUGGACAAAUAUGGCUGUUGCCCUUCAGAAUCUAGAAGUGGCCGGGCGACAUCAACAGCGACAGCAUAGACCUGAAUGCCAGCGUUCCACUAGCCGCAACAUGGGCUCGAUUGGUGAGGAGGGCUCAAGCGAGGGCAACGCAACAAGUGCCUUAGGAAGGAUAGGUUCUAUUUUCGAAGAGGCGGACGCGGUGAAAAUACGCAGAGAGAACGAUAGAUCAGAUAAACAUAAAAACAAGGAUACAGAGUAUCAAUGCCCAUCCUUGCAUCCUACGAAACCAAACAAUUCUUCUCAAAGACCGCCCUUGGAAGAACAGCAUGCGACUAACUCCCGACGAAAGCCUUUAUCCCGCCAUCCAUUAGAGAAUGCGCCUCGAGCUAAAGUUCAAAAUGAUAUCUUCUGGGACCAACUAAUGAACCUGGGGUGGCUUGCUCAAAUUAGUAGCCUUUUGUCUACUCAAGGCAACGAACUUGGGAUGCUGCUAGAUUACGCACAGGCGGUUGCAGAUGCACGCGAGUGCCUCACCAUCAGCUUUCAUGCGCUACCGCUAUGCACUAGUGCGCACAGUCCUCCAACAAUAGCAAGAGCCUCAGCUGAAAUAGAUCUAGAUGAAUUUGGCGAUAGCCUUGUACAAAUCUCUGGACGGCGAGGUAAAUGGACGCUAUCUUUUGGACUGGACCCGCGUCAGUUCUCGCUCCUUCCUGACUCGCUUCAAGCUGGCACGACGAAGAUACAGGUGCUGCCAAUCCUGUUCACCCAAGGAAUUAACGAAAUGCAGACCAUCUCCAACCUGACACGAAAAUCACCUGUUCAGCGAACCAUUAAUGAGGAGAGUCUCCGUCAGAUGCAGAUUUACCUUUCACGAUACCAUGCAUGGUAUACACAGAUCCAAGUGGCAAAAAGACGCAACGAGAUGCGUUCCAUGAAGUCUAGAAAUCAUUCAUAUGGACCUUAUAGCACACCACAGAGCAAUGUUGAUCUAUCAUCGGUAUCGUUGAUGACGAAUCUCAGUUCAGAUUGGGAUAUAGUACCAUCGUCCAGAUCGGAGAUAUGGAGUGGCGAAUCUUUGGUGUCUGAGCUUGCGGAUCAUCUUGAAAAAGCAGUACUGGGUCAUUUGGAUGAAAUGAGACCUCAAUUAGGUGUAUCAUCUGACUCUUCGUUGGAUGCGGUGGGCGCACAGACGCUGAGGAUCUCACAGCGUGAUCUUUAUACCCCAUUAAGCUCUACUUCAGGGCAGAGUGUGUCCGGCUCUGCCUCAGGUAUAUUUGGAUCCAUGAUGGAAUUCGGUACAACAAAGCUUUUGAACUUCAAGGGAUCGAAAGAUACCAGCGUUUUGGAGAGCGCGGAAGCAUUAACACGCGCAUUGGGUCAAAUCAACGUAUCUCUUAGUCUUCAGUCUACACCUGCCUUACCAAACAAGAGUGAAUUUGAGAGGACCCGAGGCGAUGGCUUGCCCGCAAAGGAGAUAGAAUGCUGCGAUUGCUCUCUACAGAUAUAUGAAUUAGAUGAAGAGCUACCUUUCGCAUGUCUUUGGGUAACUAGUCACAUCGUGUCAUGCAAGAGUGCCAAAGAUAGAACUUCCAUGUCGGUUACUCUCUCACAAGCAAAUCUUUUGAGAGCAUGUCAUGACCUACAGACUGCUCUUGAGCAACAGGGAAGAGAUGACUGGAAGGCUAUUUUGGAUGCUAUGAGAAGCGAGACUGGAGUUCGGAUCAAAAACGUGGAGAGAAACCUUAAACUGGGAGAAUUUGCCCAGGGUGUGGUAUGGAUCCCUGCAGUUAAGCCACCAUUGCCUCAGCAAUUAACGCCCAUUUUUGAUUUCACCGCUGCAGCGAAUCAGGAGUCUACCUUCUCCUCUGAUGCUCUCACUCUUAUCCGUACACUACUCUCAGGUGCAGACGUGUCAGAUUCAGGAAGUCUGGCCGUGGUCGAAUCUGUGGCUAGCAUGACUGAUCCCGAAGCAACUGCCAAUUCGGUCGAUUCAUCCGAAGAAAACGCCGUUCUAGUAGAACCCAAUAUCCCUACAUAUUUGGAAGAGUCUGAUGAUCUAUCAAACCCGAUCCAACUUGUCUCUUCGACAUUGUUAGAUUAUCCUCCUCCACAAAAAUUGGUCAAGUCUUCGGGUGGUACAGCACUGGCUCCAGUUGUUACUUUUGAUACAAAACUAAACUCAGCAGAUGACAACCUUCGGAGGUCACGUCUUACUUCUCAAUCACAUGAAGCCCUCUCCACAUCGACGGAAAUUCCAGUCGCGUCCUCUUACGAACAGGAGACACCAGUGGAGGAGGAACAUUAUACCUCCUUCCCUGACCCAUUUGACGAACCUCAAUUGGCUACCCGUCUUGCACGAUCUUUGGGAUUGGACACGCUUGGACGACCAUUCACUUCUGAUACUCUAUCAGAUGAUCGACAUCAGCGGCAGACGAACGCUCAGAGUUCUUCGCCAUUGAGUCCUUCCACGUCUUCAGUUAUAUAUCGAUCUAUUCCGUCAUGGUCAUCCCAGCAAUCCAUAUAUUUCCGGCAGCAAGCAGCCUUGCCCCAAAGUCAGAUUACGCCACGCUUUUCAAAAAAUCUCUUAUCUCUUGGGCAAGGCUUAGGCUUGGUACUGAAGAUGGGAAGACCCACGCUCUCGUUAGCAAAGGAUUCUCAUGCUUUACCAAAGAAUAUUCGCGCUCGUCGUCAGAGCCAGGGGAGCGUGGACUUUGGCAGCUCACCAGAGAUGCCAAGUCCUCCAAGCUCAGGCAGUGCUUCAGCUUCAAUAACGGCGUCCGGACUGGUAGCAGAAGAGGAAUCAAGUGAGGGUAAAUCGAAUGAUAGACAUACUGUGGUGGUAAUGAACAAGAGAGGCAAGUUUGCGUUCAAUAAGGUUCAACUCAAGUUCCUUCCUGAUGCAUAUCGCCCUCCACGACGCAUGACAUCCAGUCUAUUCGCAAGUUGAAUCUCAGUUCGAAAACAUACAUGUACCAUGAUUCUCCC